AAAUUUCUUUACUCCAGGGGGCUCAGGAUCAUAGAGGAUCUCUCCGCCAUGUUCCUAGAGCGACCGAUGUGGCGCGGACGACCGGCGCGGCCCCUACUUCCGGCGACGCGAGGCACCCCGAGCGAGGGAGCGAGGCUGGCAGCCCGUGGCGCGAAAAUUCUGAGCUGUGUAGCUCUAGGAAAUGAAACAUUCGUUCAGAAGAAGAGAAUAGACUCGACAUUUGGCUCUUAACCAUGCGGUUAGGAAAACCUAAAGGAGGUAUUUCUCGGAGCUCAAGCCAAGGAAGAACCUCUGAGAACCAGCGCAAAACAGGCCGGCAGCGGCAGAAAUGGGGAAUGACCAUUCGGUUUGACUCAAGCUUGAGUAGACUGAGAAGAAGCUUGGAUGAGAAGCCCUAUAAAUGUACUGAAUGUGAAAAGAGUUUCAGUCAGAGCUCGACUCUUUUUCAACACCAGAAAAUCCAUACUGGAAAGAAAUCCCAUAAAUGUGUUGAUUGUGGGAAAAGUUUCUUUCAGAGUUCUAAUCUCAUUCAGCAUCGGCGUAUCCAUACUGGAGAAAAGCCCUAUAAAUGUGAUGAAUGUGGAGAAAGGUUUAAACAGAGUUCAAAUCUCAUUCAGCACCAGAGAAUUCAUACUGGAGAAAAGCCCUAUCAGUGUGAUGAAUGUGGCCGAUGUUUCAGCCAGAGUUCCCACCUUAUUCAGCAUCAGAGAACCCACACCGGAGAGAAGCCCUACCAGUGCAGUGAAUGUGGCAAAUGCUUCAGCCAGAGCUCUCAUCUUAGGCAGCACACGAAGGUGCACAAAGAAGAGAAGCCUCGCAGAACCCGGGGCAAAAAUAUUAGGGCAAAAACUCACUUAGUAUCGUCUUGGAAAGCUGGUACAGGAAGGAAGUCAGUGGCUGGUCUCCGCUAAGUAAAGGGUACUGCUUCAGUCUUCUUUUUUAAAAGCAAAAGUUGUCUCUUUUAGAGCUGGAGAUAACUUUAUAAUAGAGCACUUAAAUACUGUAUUCUUUCCUAGCAUGGAGACAUUGGGAGUUUAAUGCCAUCGGGCUGAAAGAAAUUACAUGAUUCUAGCUGUCUUCAUUUCUUUUUUAUGUAACCUGGAGUACAAAGAACUGAAAAUAUGUUUUGAGAAAAUAUAAGAGCCUUCACUUCAUUUGAAAUUGCUUCCUACAUCAUUUUGACAAAAACAAUUUUGUUUGAUGACGUGUACAAGUGCAGGAAUUCCAAUGACUACUCGGUUUUAGGACUUUCGGUUGAAGGAGUAAUUAAAAGGGAAAAGGAAUUAAUUCCAUUGGUUUUGGAGUUAUGCAACAGAUGAGAUUUUAUGUUUGUAAAGUUUUAUAGUAUAGUAAUCAUUGAUUUGUAAGUAUGAUUCAAGAUUCAACAUAUUCAAAUGCAUUCAUGUUAACAGAUUUUUAAUCAAGGCCCAUAACUGCAUUAGCUUUCUUUUGUUUCUUCUGUUUGUGGACAUUUGUUAAUUAAAGGAAUAGAAUUUCCAUAUUUCACCAAGUUCUUAGAGAUACUCUAGAAGUCAAAGUGAAAACUGAAUUAGACCACAUCUUCUGUUCUGCGAGUACUGUUCUUUGUUAUGGUAUUAUACUACAUAAGUUGUUUUCCAGAAGUUGAGAUGGAUUUAUAUUGAUCCAUCUCCAUGCCUUUGACUUCUUUUGGCAUUCUCUUAUGCUCUGAUAAACCGGCUACCCUAUUAGCUCUACAUGAAUAAAUAAUUAAACCGUAUUUUACCAAAACAUCUCAACUUGCUAAUUAAAAAUCUACAAUUUACAUACCUCCCUGACUCCCACUUUGAGAGCUUUAAGUAACCCUGGUUAUGUUAAAUGUUUGGCGAUGGCAAAAGUCACAACCUUUUCUGAGUUAUAUGAAUUAUUUACAAAGUCUAGCAAACAUAUCUCUUAGCUUCUCUCAGAACAGUGUUGUUUCAGACAUUCUGAUCAGCUUUCAGCUGAGGUUUUGAUUUCUAUUGUAUAACAUUCUUCUGAUUAUUUUAUAUUUUUUAUAAUUAUACUAGUUUCUGUUGUAUUGACAGUUAUUCAUAAAAAUUAAAAAAUGGAAUAUUCUGUUUAUUUUUUCCUGGGAAAUUGUUUUAAUGUUUUAGGCAGCAUCUAAAAUUACAGCUUUUGGAAGAAUCACUUGUUUUUCCUGUUUUCAUUUCCUCAAGCUUGAACUUUGCUCCCUCUUGGCCUUGCACUGAAUGCAAGGUCACAGAAGAUGGCUUUGUUGACAACAGCUUCAUCCAGCAGGAUAUCCAUAAAGUGUUUUUUGAGUAUGAGGUGAUUGUGGUUAUCUUUUACAAAAGACUUGGUAUUUGACCACGUAGCAAGUGUCCCAUUAAAGCCAAAAUACUUUGUAGCAGGGGCGUGGCUGUGGGCCAUUUUGAGAAUAUAUCAGAGUUAUUUAUAGCAGUUUUGUGUCUGGAGUAACUUCUAACCAAGAACAACACCACUUUCUUAAAUUUGAUGAGUUUUUCAAUUUUGACAGCAACCGCAGGGUCCUAUAACAGAAAGACCUUUGUAUAUUGUUAAGAUUUCAUAGUUUUAAUUUUUAUCCUGAAUAGACUUCUGUGUUCUCUAUAAAAAUAAAGCAUAUACUCUUUA